AUGUCCUCUGCCAAACCAAGUGUGACCAAGCGCGCCUGUGAUGGUUGUAAGAUUCGAAAGAUCCGCUGUGGCGGCGGGCAGCCUUGCAGGUCCUGCACCAAGGCCAAAAUAAAGUGUACCUAUGUUCGGGUUCAACAAUGUCGAGGACCGAGGCGAUUACGCUCCACGACACAAUUCCUUAUCGAGCAAGCGCAGGUUGGGGGCGACAACAAUGACUACGAAGAGGCGCACCGCUCGGCUGCUGCUAUGCUAGAGAGGCUCAAUCCGAAUACUACGCCUGCGCGACAGACCUCGCCCAUGGAAAGGUCGGUGGCAUUUGUUUGCGUGACGGACAUAACCCGGUCAGCCGCUCUAACGCACUGUAGUUCGCGCAUUCCUCUCGAUACCUUGACGUCUCCGCUCUCCAUUUACCACGUGCGCAUGUACCCCGUUUGGCCGAUUGUCAAUGUCGAAGAAAUGGUGUCCGUUCUUCAACGAGAUACUGAUAACAGUGACAACGAGACGUAUGCGUUAUCGACUGCAGUAGCAGCAGCGACAAUAGCUCAACUACGGUUGGAGCAAGGCCCCGGCGCGGGGGAAACGAUCACAGCCGAAAUGUUGGCAGCGGAAUGCUUGCGCGCUCGGAACUUAUGUGAUUAUCGGUCCCGGGUAAACUUGAACAGUAUUCGGACAUCCUUUUUCCUGCAUGUGUACUAUGAAAACCAAAAGCCCGGAGGGAGUGAAUCUCUUUUGCACCUAAGAGAGGCGAUCUCUAUUGCGCAGAUAAUGGGUCUCCACCGAGAGUCGUCUUACAAAUCUCUGUCGUUUGAGGAGCAACAAUUACGUCGGCGUGUCCUUUGGCUACUCUUUGUCACAGAACGAGGAGUUUGUAUCCUCCAUAGAUACCCAGUCACAUUGAAAACAAAUAUCUCAGCCCCGGUGAUUGACGAAAACGACGAAUCACAUGUCCUCCCCGCCUUCCUCAAGCUCCUCAGCCUCUUUCAGAUCUUCGAGAAAUCAGGCAUGUUUGAUAUUAUUCAAGAUGGAGAUACCGACAUGCAGCCAGGUGCAAAUAGUGUGGGGCGCGUCGAUUGGCCCUUCCUGGAGAGUCUUCAGCGUAAUCUGCAGGACGGAUCGAUGCUAUUUGAGCAUAUCUCAGAUGUACAGAAAGCAGACCUGUGCGUCACUCGACACUGGAUGCGAAUGAUCCUAUGGAAACUGUCCCCCAAAAGCUAUCUGGAGUCUUCCCCGUCCGCUGACCAAUCCAUGUCUCGUUGCUUCCCACUCAAUGUCGCCAAGGAGCUAGUGAGCAUCGUCUCGCAGCUACCUCGGUCGGCAGUUGAGGCGCAUGGCUUGGGCAUGGAGCUGAAGAUUUAUGAGGUUGCUAACUCCCUUGCGGAUGCCAUUAUGGACCUCGCUGCGCUGCCACUGUCCCCUGAAUGGGAUGGCGAGAGUCGUCCGAAUUAUAUCUUAUCUCGUCUCCACUCCAUGCUGUCGACAUUUCGCGGCGGAGGCAACAAGAAAUUGGUUGAUAUUCUCUACCAGAAAAUGGCAGAGGUGCAGGUCGUGAUCGGGCCUGCAUUAACAACACCUCUUCGAAAUCCCGGUAGUAGGAAGCGUUGGACACCCCACACGGAGUGCGAAACUCAAGUUCACGGCCAGCAAGCCAAGAGAAUUGCCGAGUUGGCCAAUCAUGAUCCUAAUUUAUCCACCUGUUUAGACCCACUUGCUUAUCUGGCCGACGCGAACGACUUGACCUACGCGUCGGUUUGUGAUAUGACCUUUGGGAGUUCAGACGAUGAUGAUCAGAACCAAGCCCCACAACACUCAGGUGCAAAUGAUCUCUUUCAACCGACGUACGACGAGGCGGCAUCCAAUUUUCUGUUUGACACAAGUAGUGUAGCCCUUCAAACGGAAGAAAUGACACCUCUGUCACCCUUAUGGUCGUCGCUAUUGCCGAUGAACGCAAUCACCGAGGACAUAGCGUCCCAGAUCUUACGAGCCUCAACCCAGGAUCUCCUAUUUCCUGGUGCUGAAUUCACGAAUUUUGCUACAAACACCGAUUUUGUUGGUCUCUACUGA